CAAAAGACACUUUACGUGGGUUGAGACAGGCAGCUUCCAUUGACUUCUACUCACAGCUAGUUAUGGACAUUAUAGAUCCCAUCGUGUCCAUUGCCUCAGAGAUCUACACCCUGGUGGAGAAAGUGAAGGCCAACAAGAAACGCUCCCACCGUGUGUAUGACCGAGUCAAAGCCCUGAUGGAGCUGGUGAACUCCAUUAAAAAGAGGCACACGGUUCAAGCCUCUGAUGAUGUGGUAAAAGCCCUCGAGGAACUCACCAUCACUCUGCGAUCAGCACAGGAGCUCAUCGAGAAGUACACAUCGGCCAACAUGAUGAAGCGCAUCCUGAAAUCGAACAGCCACGGAGACGAAUUCGACAGUGUGAAUGAACGCCUAAAUGAUGCCUUCCAGGUGCUGUCUGGCGCUCUGCAGCUGGAGCAGGGGAACGCGCUGUACCGCGUGUUUGAACUAAACUCCAGAGUGAAAGCAGAUGAGGUCGAUGGGAAGGAGGACGAUGCAGAGCUCGAGAAAUUGCUCCUGGAGCACAUGAAGAGCCAUGAAGACAAAAUGGAAGCCUUACGAAAAGAUGUGGGAAAGAUUUUUGAGCUAUUGAAUAAGCCCAGCAUGACCAAUGUGGAUAUCCGAAUGAUCAAACCAGCAGAACUGGAGUACGAGUUUCCCAAAAAGACCUUAAUGAGGACAUCGACCUCAGAGCUCUACAAAGGAAAGUACAAUGGAUUCACAGUGGCCAUCAAGAGAUAUACGGACCCUGUGAAAGCCAGUCCAAGUCAGGUACGGUCUGUUUUCGAUAAGGAAGUUGAAACCAUGAGACGUUUUGAGUCGCCCAACAUCCUGCGAAUGUUUGGCAUCUGUGUCCAGGGUGAGGAGGGACCCAGCACUCAGUUCCUGAUUAUCAUGGAGUACUGUGAGAAGGGGAGUCUCCGACAGGUUCUGGAUUCUGACUCUGAACUGUCCUGGACCAGAAAGGUUGGGAUGUGUCUGGACGCAGCACAAGGACUCUACCGAUUGCACCAAACUGAAGAAAAAAGUAAGGUUCAUGGAUGCAUCAACAGCAGCAAGUUCCUGGUGGCUGAAGGCUACAGGGUCAAGCUGGCAGGUUUUGAACUGGCACAAACAGAGACGUCACUGAGAAAGCAAACAAAGCCGAAUAAGAGCGAGAUCGGGUCCCUGUGUUACUCCUCUCCUCAGACACUCGAAAACAUCAACCACUACAACAAAGAGUGUGAGAUGUACAGCUUUGGUAUCGUCCUGUGGGAAAUUGCAACUCGUAAGAAACCUUUUGACGGGUGUUCAGAUGCUGAAAUCUAUCAGAAAGUGAACGAAGACAAAGUUAAAGAACCUCUUUCUGACGACUGCCCUGAGAAACUGGCAGAUCUGAUCAACGCCUGCCGGGACUAUGAUAGCUUCCAGAGACCAUCUGCAGGAGUGAUGCUGGACAAGCUGCGGAGCUUGUUGACACAGAUGGAGGCGGAAUAAAACUCUCAUCAUCAUCAGCAUCUCUGGCCUAUCAGAAACAAGUGUUAAGUCAAUGUAAUAUGCGAAAAACUUAAAGAUAAAUCACCAAAAGGUUUACAAGGAACUUAAAGCUACAAGUUACUGUGACCAGGGGCUGACUUAACAGGGGGUUGGUGGAUCGGGGUAAUAGGAUAUAACUAUAUAUAAGUUUUGAAAGAUUGCAUCCCCCUCUCAUAUGCCUCUCGCACAAACACACUUCCCUGGCCCCUUACCCUCCCCUUAACAAUCCAAACUAAAUGCCUAACCCUAAAACCAAAUCUUAACCCUCAAACAGUCCUUUGAAAAAGUGAGGACUGGUCAAAAUGUCCUCACUUUCCAAAAAUGUCGUCACUCUGUUGGGUCUAUGCUUGAAAUGGUCCUCACAAAGAUACAGGACACACACAUACCUUGUUGAUUGAGUGAUGCUCAGUGGUGGCUGAUCUCCGACAAGUCACUAUUUAAAACAAAGGAUUUGUCAGACAUUUUGCUUUAAAUAUUCUUCCCAAAUAGAAUAACAGAUAUUCUCAAUUCUAAUUCAAAUCUUGUGCAUUGGGUCAAUCCAAAAUGAACUCAAUAACUCAAUUGAUUUUUCAGUAUUUUGGUUUAAUGAUGAAUACACAAUACACUUAAACGCCUUCAGUAUAUUUGGCUACGCCUCAAAUGUGUUUUUCUUCUCCCUGAUAUUGUUGUUGUGCUCUGUUAUACAAAGAGAAAGAAUAUAUUUUUAACAAUCCACUAUUUGCACUUCAUGUUUUUUUACAUUGGUUGCUUUGCAAAUUGUUAUGCUUCAAAAUGGAUGUUAUUGGAUUUGCACUGCAUAUGCCUGCGUUCAUAUGCAAUUAUUUUUGCUAUAAAAUGAAUUACAUGUAUGGUAAUAGAUGAUUAUAGUCCUGUGUGGAUCAUAUAGUUGUGAUUUAAGGUGUGGGUGGGCAGCACAAAUGUUUCAGUUUUCAGAUUGGUCCACGACAUUCUUAAGUUUGGGAAACGGCUGCUCUACUGUAUAUAAAGGCCACUGGUCUGAUAAGUCAAAACUAGCUUCCAGGGACAAUAACCUCCUGCUGCCACAGGUGGGCAGUAAAUUACAAAAUGAAUGCAAACAGAGAACAUCAGAUCUUUAAUGAGACAGAGCACUAUUCUGACAUCAGACUUUAAGUCAGCCACAACAUAGAAGAAGAUAAUAACAAGAGUAAUUAAGGCUUAUAUAAAUUAAUCAAUUACUUAAUUCUUUUUACUAUUCUUACACUUCACAGUAAGCGGUGCCGGUGACAUAGACAACAAUCAAUAGUAGCACUUUUGUUCACUGUUCACUGUUGUUAAUGCAAAUGUCCACUUUAACAAUAAAAGGCUGCUUUGCUGACAACA